UUCGCAGUAGAUGAAUUACCCCUGCCGCUCCCAGCCACUGUUCAGGGAGGGUGGUGCUGAAACCGGAGAUCUGCCGCCGCCGCUCAGUACUCGCAGCCAUUUUACGCACAGCCCAAACAGAGUGAUGUGAGGCGGCACAUCACCUGGACAGACCAAGCCCCAGCUUCUGAACGAGACAAGGCGGCGGCACGAUGGUGAAGAGGAAGAGCUUGGACGACACCGACCAGGAGUGCGGCAGGGGGAUUCCGUUCCCGAUUCAGACCUUCUUGUGGAGGCAGACCAGCGCAUUUCUGCGGCCGAAGUUAGGCAAGCAGUAUGAAGCCUCAUGCGUGUCCUUUGAGCGGGUUCUGGUGGAGAACAAGCUGCACGGUCUGUCCCCGGCACUGUCUGAGGCCAUCCAGAGCGUGUCCCGCUGGGACCUGGUUCAGACGGCCCUGCCGCACGUGCUGCACUGCACCGCCAUCCUGCUGUCCAACAGGAACAAGCUGGGGCACCAGGACAAGUUGGGCGUGGCAGAGACCAAACUGCUGCACACACUCCACUGGAUGCUGCUGGAGGCAGCGCAGGAGUGCCAGCAGGAGGCCAUCCCAGGUGUGGGGUGGUCGGGGGGUGGGGGCAGCAGCAGCAGUGCCUUCCUGCAGCCAGUGGGGAACCCAGGCUCCCCCCGUGGGACACGCCCUGGCCCCCGCUGCAGUGCCAGCUCUCUGGACGAAGACGAGCAUGCCCGUGCCAAGUUCUUCCACAAGAGCAUGUCCACCGUGGAGCUCUUCGUGUUCCUCUUUGCCCCCCUCGUCAACCGCAUCAAGGAGUCUGACCUAACCUUCCGAUUGGCCAGCGGCCUGGUGAUCUGGCAGCCAAUGUGGGAACACCGCCAGCCCGACGUGCCCGCCUUCUCCGCGUUCAUCAAACCUGUGCGGAACAUCGUGACAGCCAAGAGAAACUCUCCCACUAGUAACCAAUGCAGUCCUUGUGGAUCCAGUAAUCCUGGCCCCAUGGGCUUCCAGGUGGUGUGUGAAACUGCCCAAUCAGAUUCCUCUUCACCUGGUGCAGGUGGGCAGAGCUGUCGCCGUGGUAACUCCGUGGAAGGAAGCGGGCCUUCCCAGCAAGCUUCCAGGGAAAGAGGGGUCUCGCAGAAGAAGGCCCCGCCCUCUGGGGGCGGGUCCGUGCCCCUGGCUCAGCGGGCCCGCUAUGGGACGUACUUUGAUGUGGCGGUCCUACGCUGCCUGCUCCAGCCUCACUGGACGGAAGAGGGUGUGCACUGGGCCCUGAUGUAUUACCUGCAACGCCUGCGGCAGAUCCUAGAGGAGAAGCCCGAGAGACCCCCCGAGCCACUGGCCACACCCUUGCCACGCCCGCGCAGCAGCUCCAUGGUGGCAGCCGCCCCCUCCCUGGUGAACACGCACAAGACGCAGGACAUGACUCUGAAGUGUAAUGAAGAGGAGAAGUCUCUGAGCUCUGAGACCUUCUCCAAGGUGUCCAUGACCAACCUGAGGAGGCCGGCCGUCCCUGACCUGGCCUCCGACCUGGGCAUGAACAUCUUCAAGAAGUUUAAGAACCGGCGUGAGGACCGGGAGAGGAAGGGCUCCAUCCCAUUCCACCACACAGGGAAGAAGCGCCAGCGGCGCAUGGGUGUCCCCUUCCUGCUGCACGAGGACCACCUGGAUGUCUCUCCCACCCGCAGCACCUUCUCCUUCGGGAGCUUCUCCGGGCUCGGCGACGACCGCCGUGGUCUGGACCGUGGAGGCUGGCAGGCCACCAUCAUGGGGAAAUUCACCCGGCGAGGCAGCACAGACACCGCUGCAGAUGUAGAGAGCCUGAGCGCCAAACAUUCGCACUCCCAUCACACCUUGCUGAGGGACCUCCCGGACCAUGCCAACAGCCACAGCGACAACACUGUCAAGGAGGUGCGCUCCCAGAUCUCCACCAUCACCAUGGCGACAUUCAACACCACAGUGGCAUCCUUCAAUGUGGGCUAUGCGGACUUCUUCACAGAGCACAUGAAGCGCCUGUGCAACCCUGUACCCCUGCCUGAAAUGCCCAGCGAGCCACUGGCCUGUGCCAACUUGCCCCGCAGCCUGACAGACUCCUGCAUCAACUACUCCUGCCUGGAGGAGGGAGACAGCAUUGAAGGGGCCAGCAGCUUCAUCCUGAAAAACGGCAUGCUGGACCUCACUGCGAUCAUGCGGGCGCUGUACUCAGUCCUCACCCAUGACAUCAGCUCACGCAUCUGUGACGUGGCCCUGAACAUCAUCGAAUGCCUGCUACAGCUGGGCGUAGUGCCCUGCGCAGGCAAGGCACCUCCCAAGGCUGACAACAAGGAGAAUGAGGAGGCCCGUCCCAAGGAGGGAGCAAAUCAGAACACAGGGGUGGCCCAGGCGGGCGUAUCCGGGAGCACAGGGGUAGCGCCUGGAGGGGGUGGAGAUGCUGGUGGAGGUGGAGGAGGUGGCGGAGGAGGCGGAGGAGGCGGAGGUGGAGGAGGAGGAGGAGGGGGUGGGGGAGGCAGUGGAGACGAGGUUAAGAACAACAAGGAUAAAGAUAGCAAGGAGCCGGGCUCCACCCUGAGCACCCACCGCCUGGCUCUCACCAUGCUAAUCAAGAUUGUCAAGUCUCUUGGCUGCGCAUAUGGCUGUGGGGAGGGGCACCGUGGCCUUUCAGGGGACCGUCUGCGUCUGCAGGCUCAGAACUGCUUGACCCGCCUCUACAAGCUGGACAAGCUGCAGUUCCGCCUGACCAUGAGGGAGUACGUCACCCGGGACUCGCUCAACAACAUCGUGGACUUCUUGCACGCAUUGCUGGGCUUUUGCAUGGAGCCAAUCACUGACAAGUACGGCAGUGCAGGUGAGAGGCCCAGGAGGGCGAAUAAAAGACACUUGGACAAGGCGGGCUUCGGGAACAACUUCACCACGGGGGAGGGCAAGUCUCUGGCUCAGAACAUGGAGGCAGUGGUGGUGGGCUGUAUGUUUAAAUCUCUGAUAACUCGCUGCUCAUCCACCACCCAUGAGCUCCACAGCCCAGAGAACCUGGGCCUGUACUGUGAUAUCCGCCAGCUGGUGCAGUUCAUAAAGGAGUCCCAUGGCAACGUGUUCCGGCGGGUGGCGCUGAGUGCGCUCCUGGACAGCGCAGAAAAACUUACCACUGCCAAGAAACCCGAGGAGAAGGAAGAGCCCAAGCCUGCUGGGCCCAGGAGGUCAGAAGCAGGUACAGCCGGGGAGAAGGGUCAGCCCUCUACAGUGGCAGAUGAAUGUCGCAGCUGCAUCUCCAGUCGACCUCCCCAGACUCCUGAACAUGAGGAGCAGAUCCCAGGGGCCCUGCUAGGCAGGAAGGAUUUCUGGCGAAAGAUGUUCAAGUCCCAGAGCGCAGCCAGUGACACCAGCAGCCAAUCAGAGCAGGACACCUCAGAGUGCACCACUGCCCACUCGGGUACCACCACAGACCGCCGCUCCCGCACUCGCUCCAGACGCAUCUCCCUGCGCAAGAAACUCAAACUGCCUAUCGGUAACUGGCUGAAGCGUUCUUCUCUGUCUGGACUGACGGACGGGGUGGAGGACCUGCUGGACAUCAGCUCAGUGGACCGGCUGUCUUUUAUCCGGCAGAGCUCCAAGGUGAAGUUCACCAGCGCAGUGAAGCUGUCGGAGGGCGGUGCGGCAGAGUACGGCCGGGACGAGGAGGAGAACUUCUUCAAGCGGCUCGGUAAAUGGCGGUCCGGCCGGCGGAACCCGUCCAAGCUCCACCACACAGAAGAGAAAGAUGGGUGCCAUGGCUUCCAGGAGCGCCUGGCUGCCAGCCAGGAGGCCAUGAAAAACAAGAACGUGGUCAACCUUGGUGCCAUACGCCAGGGCAUGAAGAGGUUCCAAUUCCUGCUCAACUGCUGUGAGCCAGGCACCAUCCCAGAUGCCUCAAUCCUGGCAGCAGCCCUCGACCUGGAAGCUCCAGUGGUGGCCCGGGCUUCCCUCUUCUUGGAGUGCGCCCGCUUUGUCCACCGCUGUAACCGUGGCAACUGGCCAGAGUGGAUGAAGGGUCACCAUGUCAACAUUACCAAGCGUGGUCUCUCCAGGGGGCGGUCUCCUGUGGUGGGAAACAAGAGAAACCAGAAGCUGCAGUGGAACGCAGCCAAACACUUCUGCCAGUGGGGUGAUGCUAUCGGAACCCGUCUGAGUGAGCUCUGCCACUCGGACAGCGAGAGUCCUGCCAACAUCUUGGGCUUCAUCUAUGAUGAGGAAACCAAACGCCACAUGCGCAAGGAGGAUGAGGAAGAGGACUUCCUGGAUGACAACACGGUGAACCCCACAAAGUGUGGCUGCCCAUUUGCUCUAAAGAUGGCUGCCUGUCAGCUGCUGUUGGAAAUUACCACCUUCCUGAGGGAGACCUUUCCUUGCCUACCCCGUCCGCGCACAGAGCCCCUGGUGGACCUGGACAGCUGCCGACUGCGUCUGGACCCGGAGCUGGGCCGGCACCGGUAUGAACGCAAGAUCAGCUUCGCUGGGAUCCUGGAUGACGAGGAUGGGCAGGACUCCCUGCACAGCAGCAGCCACACGCUCAAGUCUGACACCGGCUGUGAUGACAAGAAGUCCCAGGAGCCCUUAGCUCCUAUCAGGAAGAUCCGUAUUGGGGGGUCCCGGCUUCUGCAGAUUAAGGGUGCCCGCAGCUUCCGGGUGAAGAAGGGGGGGUCUCUGUCCUCCAUUCGCCGGGCAGGCAGCCUGAAGAGCACCAAGAUGUCCCGACAGGACUCCGAAUCAGAGAAUGAGGAGGGACUGCUCUCCCAGAGCAGGGACACUGUCACUGACAUUGGAAGUCCCUGGAGUACCAGUGAGCCCAGCAUUGAACCCGAGGCCCUGAGCACGGGUGGAGCCGAGGACAACUACCAUCGCAACAUGUCCUGGCUGCACAUCAUGAUCCUGUUGUGCAACCAGCAGAGCUUCAUCUGCACGCAUGUGGAGUUCUGCCACCCACGCUGCUACCAGCACCACAGCCGUUCCUGCGCCCGCCUGGUGCGUGCCAUCAAGCUGCUCUAUGGCGAGUCUGUGGAUGGCCUGCGUGAGGAUGGUGGCUCCAGCAGCGCCAGCAGUCGUACCAAGAAGGCCAAAGAGUGUUCGGAUAAGUCCUGCCUCCGCACCCCCUCCAUGAAGAAGCGCCCCACAGAGGCUAGCGCUGAGGGGAAGAAGGACACCGGGAUGCUCAAAUACAUCCGCAACCAGGUGAUGAGCUUGGCCCCAGCGCCCCUGUCCCUCCUCAUUAAAGCUGCGCCCAUCCUGACAGAGGACAUGUAUGGUGACAUCCAGCCUGCUGCCUGGGAGCUGCUGCUCAGUGUGGACGAGCACAUGGCCGCCGCGGCCGCGGCCAUGUUCCUGCUGUGUGCCGUGAAGGUCCCGGAUGCAGUCACAGACAUGAUGAUGGCGGAGUUCCACCACCAGGAGGCAGGGCAGCGGAUCAGCUCGGUGCUGAAAUUCUACACCCUGUGGCGCUUCCGCUAUCAGGUGUGGCCCCGCAUGGAGGAGGGGGCCCAGCAGAUCUUUAAGAUCCCUCCUCCCAGCAUCAACUUCACCCUCCCCUCUCCCAUCUUGGGCAUGCCGUGUGUGCCCAUGUUUGACCCGCCCUGGGUUCCACAGAACACUGGCAGUGUCCAAGACCCAAUCAAUGAGGACCAGUCUUAUCCAACAUUAAUUCAGUCAGUCUUUCCCAUAAAGUCCUUCUCGGCUCGGGCGGUGUCGCGCUCCCACCAGAGGGCGGAGCACAUCCUGAAGAACCUGCAGCAGGAGGAGGAGAAGCGCCGGCUAGGGAGGGAGGCCAGCAUCAUCACCGCCAUCCCCAUUACCCAAGAGGCUUGCUACGAGCCCACCUGCAGCCCACCCCCCGAGCAGGAGGAGGAAGCAGAAGAAGUGGUUAACCUGGCAUCCAGACGCCUGUCUGUCAGCCCCUCCUGUGCUUCCAGCAACUCCCACAGGAACUAUUCCUUCCGCCGGGGCUCCGUGUGGUCUGUGCGCUCCGUCGUCAGCGCUGAAGAUGAGGAGAACACAACAGAACUCACUCCCACUCACCACGUCCUACAGCCCCCGCAGGCAGUGUUCCCAGCAUGCAUCUGUGCGGCCGUGCUGCCCAUUGUACACCUGAUGGAGGACGGGGAGGUGCGGGAGGAUGGCGUGGCAGUGAGCGCUGUGGCACAGCAGGUCCUGUGGAACUGUCUGAUCGAAGACCCCGCCCUGGUGCUUAGGCACUUCCUGGAGAAGCUCACCGUUAGCAACAGACAGGAUGAGCUGAUGUACAUGCUGAGAAAGCUGCUGCUGAACAUUGGAGACCUGCCUGCCCAGACCUCUCACAUCCUCUUCAACUACCUGGUGGGCCUGAUCAUGUACUUUGUGCGCACACCGUGUGAGUGGGGUAUGGAUGCCAUCUCGGCCACACUGACCUUCCUGUGGGAGGUGGUGGGGUACGUGGAGGGCCUCUUCUUUAAGGACCUGAAACAGACCAUGAAGAAGGAGCAGUGUGAGGUCAAGCUACUGGUCACGGCAUCCAUGCCAGGAACCAAAACCCUAGUAGUCCACGGCCAGAAUGAAUGCGACAUUCCUACCCAGCUACCUGUGCAUGAAGACACCCAGUUUGAGGCCCUGCUCAAGGAGUGCUUGGAGUUCUUCAAUAUUCCGGAAGCCCGUUCAGCACAUUAUUUCCUCAUGGACAAGCGCUGGAACCUCAUCCAUUACUCAAAGACCUAUGUGCGGGACAUCUACCCCUUCCGCAGGUCAGUGUCACCCCAGCUGAACCUGGUCCACAUGCUUCCUGAGAAAGGCCAGGAGCUAAUCCAGAAACAGGUGUUCACCCGGAAGCUGGAGGAGGUGGGGCGUGUGCUCUUCCUCAUCUCGCUCACCCAGCGCAUGCCCGCUCUCCACCGGCAGUCCCACGUCUCCCUGCUGCAGGAGGACCUCCUGCGGCUGCCCUCCUUCCCCCGCACCGCCAUUGAUGCAGAGUUCUCCCUGUUCAGUGAGCCCCAAGGUAAGGAGCUCUUUGGCUUGGACACCCUCCACAAGGUGCUGUGGAUCAAGCUGCUGGAGGAGAUGUUUUUGGGCAUGCCCAGUGAGUACCCCUGGGGUGAUGAGAUCAUGCUCUUCCUCAAUGUCUUCAAUGGGGCCCUCCUGCUGCACCCCGAGGACAGCGCCCUCCUCAGGCAGUACACUGCCACUGCCAUCAACACCGCUGUGCACUUCAACCACCUCUUCUCUCUCAGUGGGUACCAGUGGAUCCUGCCCACCAUGCUACAGGCGUACGCUGAUUAUGAGAGCAACCCUCUACUGCGGCAGGGCAUUGAGUUCUGCUGCCGCCAGUUCUACAUCCUGCACCGCAAGCCCUUCAUCCUGCAGCUGUUCGCCAGUGUGGCCCCACUGCUUGAGUUCAAUACUUGCACCAGCACAGGUCUGUCGAAGGGCGUGUCAGCGCAGUGCCUGUUUGACCUCCUGGUGUCCCUGGAGGGUGAGACCCCCGAUACACUGGAUGCCCUUGAGCUGGUGAAGGCCGAGAAGCCGCUCCGCUCUCUGGACUUCUGCUAUGGCAACGAGGACCUUGCUUUCUCCAUCAGCGAGUCCAUCAAGCUGUGCGUCACAGUGGUGGCCUAUGCUCCAGAGUCCUUCAGGAGCCUGCAGAUGCUGAUGGUGCUGGAGGCCCUUGUGCCCUGUUUCCUGCAGAAGAUGAAGAAUAACACCCUGGCCUUGGAGUCUGCCUCAGCUGCCCGGGAUGAGAUCGCCGCCAUUGCUGCUCUUGCCACCUCUCUGCAGGCCCUGCUUUACAGCGUGGAAGCUCUCACACGGCCCAUGACGGCCCCCCAGAUGAGCCGCUCUGACCAGGGGCACAAGGGUGCAACAACUGCCAACCACGCCAUGUCAGGGGGGGGCAACACCAGGGACAACCUGCACCUGCUGGAGGAGGGUCAGGGCGUUCCGCGUGAGGAGCUGGACGAGCGCAUUGCCCGAGAGGAGUUCCGCCGCCCACGCGAGUCACUGCUCAAUGUCUGCACUGAGUUCUACAAGCACUGCGGCCCGCGGCUGAAGAUCCUGCAAAACGUGGCGGGAGAGCCUCGUGUGACUGCUCUGGAGCUGCUGGACAUAAAAUCCCACAUGAGGUUAGCAGAGAUCGCUCACUCCCUACUGAAGCUGGCCCCCUAUGACACCCUGACCAUGGAGAGCCGGGGCCUGCGGCGUUACAUCACAGAGAUGCUGCCGAUCACAGACUGGUCUGCUGAGGCGGUGCGCCCCGCCCUCAUCCUCAUCCUCAAGAGGCUGGACCGCAUGUUCAACAAGAUCCACAAAAUGCCCACGCUCAGGUGCGCUCGACCGCAGGCCCUGUGCACCAGGAGGCAGGUAGAGUGGGAGGCUGCCAGCAGUCUGAUAGAGGGGAUCUGUCUGACUCUACAGCGUCAGCCAAUCAUUUCCUUCCUGCCACACCUACGCUCCCUCAUCAACGUCUGUGUCAACCUGGUCAUGGGGGUGGUGGGCCCCUCCAGUGUGGCUGACGGGCUGCCCCUUCUCCACUUGAGCCCCUAUCUGUCCCCACCCCUCCCUUUCAGCACGGCUGUGGUGCGUCUGGUGGCUUUGCAGAUUCAGGCGUUAAAAGAUGACUUCCCCCUUAGCCAUGUGAUUUCACCCUUCACCAAUCAGGAGAGAAGGGAGGGGAUGCUGCUCAACCUGCUCAUCCCAUUUGUGCUGACUGUGGGGUCAGGGAGCAAAGACAGCCCCCAUCUGGAGCAGCCAGAGGUCUUCCUGCUCUUGCAGACGGUUCUCAACAUCCUGCUGCCCCCCCGCAUCAUCAGCACCUCCCGCAGCAAGAACUUCAUGCUGGAGAGCUCCCCUGCCCACUGCUCCACACCUGGGGACACUGGCAAAGACCUGCGCAGGGAGGGGCUAGCUGAGUCCACCAGCCAGGCCGCUUACUUAGCCCUGAAGGUGGUUUUGGUGUGCUUUGAGCGACAGCUGGGGAACCAGUGGUACCGGCUCAGCCUGCAGGUUAAGGAGAUGGCCCUGCGCAAGGUGGGCGGCCUGGCCUUCUGGGACUUUAUAGAUUUCAUUGUUCGAACCCGCAUCCCCAUAUUUGUCCUGCUGCGACCCUUCAUCCAGUGCAAGCUCCUGACCCAGCCGGCUGAAUCACAGGAGGAGAUCACAGCCCGGCACCACAUUGCUGACCAGCUGGAGCGCCGCUUCAUCCCACGGCCCCUCUGCAAGAGCUCGCUCUUUGCUGAGUUCAAUAACGAGCUCAAAAUCCUGAAGGAGGCGGUGCACAGUGGCUCUGCCUACCAGGGGAAGACUUCCAUCAGCACAGUGGGCACCUCCACGUCAGCCUAUCGCCUCAGCCUGGCCACCAUGUCCCGCUCCAACACGGGGACCGGGACCGUCUGGGAGCAGGACAGCCAGCCCUCACGACAGCCUUCCCAAGACACUCUCAGCCGCACUGACGAGGACGAGGAAGAGAAUGACUCUGUGAGCAUCCCUAGUGUGGUGAGUGAGCAGGAGGCCUUCCUGCCCAGCGUCAUCACCCAGCGCCGAUUCUCAAGCCACACGACCGGAGUGUCUGCCAGCCAACCAGAGCCCACCAUGAGCACUAUGCUGCCCAGCCACAGUGAACCCAAUGUGCUAGAUGAGUCCCAAGGAAUGCUGGAAGAGGGUAACCUGUCUAGGGUGGCCAGUGUGCAGAGUGAGCCGGGCCAGCAGAACCUCCUGAUACAGCCUCCUCUGGGCCGAAAGAGAGGCCUGAGACAGUUACGGCGCCCCCUGCUGUCCAUCCCAAAGACUCAGAAUGAAGCACGUGGUCGCCAUGGUGCCCGUCUCUCCACCACGCGAAGGAGCAUCCAGCCCAAACACAAACCCCUGGAAACUUUAAUGGACUGUGAAGCCCAAACAGAGCAGAAGAGGUCAGUCACCUUCACCGAGACCCAGCCUGACACGUCAGUUACGUCUCCCUUGGCUACCAGUAAGGACCGCCCCUCUGAAAGCAGAAAGCUGAGCCCUGGUCCCCCAGCAUCCCCUGCAGCUGUUGCCUCAGCAACAGUAACUGCAGAUCUGCACAGCCCUUCCCAAACUCAGGUGUCUGCAGCCACAGAGAGCCGCGAGAGGAAAGACCUGAAGGGACUCCGGAGCAGCCUGUCCCCCCCACUGAGUUCCACCCCCACCCCUCCACCUCCCUCAUCCACCUCCUCUCCUUCUCCUCAUUCCUCCUCUCCUCUCCCACCCCCUUUGCCUGUUCUGGGGACCCCUGCCCACCCUGGCCCCACCCAUGCAGGCCCUGCCCACAUUAGCCCCACCCAGCUGCAGGAAAGCCCUGAGGACGAGGAGACAUCUGUUCUGCUGCAGCAUGCAGACACUGUGCUCCACAUCAGUGAGGAGAACGGCACAGAGAACCCCCUUCUCUCUCCACUUCUUUCCCCCCUUCUGUCCCCUCUCACUAUCUCCCCUGUUGAUCUGGACCUGGAUGAGUCACAUGUCUGACGCCGCCCCUGUACCCUGCUUCCUUAUGCUCCCCCUCCAACCAAAAUCUUGUCUGCACCUGAAAGAGUCUGAAUGCAGUGCUUUGUCAGGAUCAAGCAGUUGUUUCAGAUUCCUUCAAUGUACACACAAGGAGACAGAGAGAAUGAAUUGUUUGUUCUGACUUUCUUGAAGCAGGCAUAGUGUAGCUUAAUCAGUGACACUGGGAGACAGUUUGUUGUGUGACAUUAUGUCCCGGGAAAACUGUUGUUUGUAAGCUGCUAUACUGGCUGUUGAACUUGCUGCCAAAUAGCACCCCUGUACCUUUUUUUCUCUGAAAUUGACUGGCAGCAUUUGAGAAUGAAUUAGAAAAGCCAUGUUAUGCCAAUGUAGUUGGAGAGAAAUGCACUGGUAUAUCAGAUGUUAUUGUAAAGCUGCUGAAUAAAAAUGUACACCUAGAUUAGAAAAUAUAAAGCAGAUGUUAUUUUUUAUGUUUAAUACCUUUAAGCUCUAAGUAUAUUGUCAAAUGGAGAACAUAUAGAAAUAUUUAACAGAGACAGUUGUUAUAAAGAAACAUGAAGAAUUAUUGUAUCACAGUGCAAGUUCAUGCAAAUAUUAUAUAGACAGAAUAUGAACUCAUAAACCAACACCUUAUGCAGACAUAAUGCAAUAUGAAUGACUGUGGACAUUAUAGAGAAUGAUUUUUCCUCUGACAGACUGAAGGUGUAAGAAUCUAAUGAGUAGCAGAUGAGUAUUUGUAGAAGAAGUGGUGAGUAACAGCGUAAUCAGUAAUGAAACCUGUCCAAAUGUGCAUCAUCAGGUGUUGUCUGUUAUGAGGUUAUGAACUUGCCCACUUGACAGUCGAUAUACAUUAAAACAGUCAGUGACUGCUCAGUGCCAUGUGCAUUGUGUUAGCUGUGUCUUCACAUAGUGUUAAUGGAGAUGAGACAGCGUGUGUGUGAGAAGAGAAGGACAGUGUUAAUGUGAGACUCUGAGAAGGAGAAUGUGUAUCUGAGAUUUGGAGAGGCAGGGCCAGCCCAAGCCUGUAUGGGGCCCUAAACAGAAUUUGAUUUGGGGGCCCCCCACCGUCCGCCAAUACUAGUGACUAUUGUCAAUGCUUGAUCAUUCGCACGGAUACUAACCUAAUGUUAAUGUUAUGAUGGGCCGUAGCCAGGGAAAAAUUUUAACUGAAGUCCAGAAGCAUAAGUAGAGCGGGUUUAUUUUAUAGCUGUACAUUUGUACUUUUUUUCCCAGGAAAAUUUGUAAUUCUAAUAGGCUAUUGUGUACCAAAAAUGUAGGCUAAACAAACAUCCCUUCUUUCUUACCACCAAGUCACUUUUAAGGCAUUUUGAACCAUUCCUGUAAAAUCAGUAGGCUAGUACCUUCUGGUGAGCAAAGAUGUUCUGUUAUGGACAUGAAUGGGUUAAAAAAAAAGACAGGUGACCGAUGUUAGUUAAUCUCAGCUAGCUAACCUUUAGUAUUGUAAGUUAGUUGAUAUAGCAACACAUAGUAACUCUGUUGGACCACAUUGCACAGGUAACGUUAAUUUUCAAAGCUGUCAAAUUAUAAGGCUAGCCAGUGCUGUAAGAUGAAAUCACAUUGACAAGAAGCAGAGUACCAGCCAGUGCUGCGCUUGUGAUUACUGAUGAGGUUGUUAGCUUGGUUAACGUUACAAGCUCGCUAGCCGUUUCAGAGAUGUGUGACAGUUGCCUCACUGUUGCUUGGCAACAGAGCUACGUGCUGCCUGCUACCACUCUUUCCUCAGCAAACAGUUUUUCUAAAUCUUUUAGGCAGGCUCUUCCUGAAUCAUUUUUGUCAAUUAGUAAACCAUCCAAUGCAGUAUUAUAUUUUGCUUUUGAUAACAGUGAGUGUUAGCUAGCAAGCCUAGCUAACUAGCUAGCUAACAUUAGAUUACAUUAAUACUAAUUAGCUAGCUAGCUCGAUAACAUUUAGCUGAUACAAAAUGCCAUUCGGAAGCGCUGCUGUCCCACAGGUAGUGAACGGACCGAUUCAAACAGAUAUGUGAACAUGGUAAAUAUGUAAUGUUAAUAUUUACCUAGAGUGACCAUAUUUUGGUUUUCAAAAAAGAGGACUUAUCCCUUUUAUCCCUCCAACUCUCAGACGUUACAGAAACACGGUUGCUUAUCACUGAGGAACUUGGUGGAUCGAUAUGACCGUAGGGCCUACAGAGAAUUUGCUCAGAUUUGUUGACUGUUUUGCCUAGGCUAUGCUCUAACAUCAGCCUAACAGAUGCGUCAGCAGGGGGAUUUAUAACAAUGUCAAAACACUUUCGUUCACAAAAUCGUUCACAUGACAAAAAGUCAUGUUCAUUCACAUACACAUAUAAUGCAAAACAUCGGCCUGAGAGGGGAAAAAAUUACCAAGGUCCAGACCUCAGCGACUUCUUACUACAGGGUUGCUUGCAUCAAAAUACAGUUAACGUCCAUUACAGUGCGCAUGUGCAUGAACGUGACACCAGCUCUGACAGAGGCAGCGGGAAAUGCUUAAACCAGUAGUAGCUAGCCAGCCCGUUAACAUAAUAUUGUGUUUCUGUAUGAUUACCAUUGACAUAAUGUAAUAUAUCAC